AUGGCGAGCAACGGCACUUUCCCUCUGCCCUAUGAGGAGAUCGAGCGCCUGGUCAAGUCCAUACACGAACCUGGUCAAGCAAAGAAGAUCGCCGAAAACGAGGCCACGCUUCGUGUCCUCCAGCGCUCACCUCAAGGCUGGGAGAUUGCAGAUGCUCUUUUGAAGAGCGACAAUGAGCAAGUUCGCUUCUUCGGUGCCCUUACUCUCACAGUCAAGCUUAACGCCGAUUCGGCUGAAUUGAGCGAAGAGGAAUCUCAGCAACUGCUGUCAACGCUAAUUCACCAUCUUGUCUCACGCCCAGGCUCAUCUAUUGCCACCCGGAAGGUCAGCUCUACCUUGGCCCAGUACUUUACCAAGCCCAUCUCCGUAUGGACCCAUUGUAUCAGGGGCCUGGCUGCAUCAUUCGCCGCCCAACGUCCAGUUCUAGACGAAGCAUUGGAUGAACAUCCUUCGACAUGGGAUCUCUUACCCCAAUUCUCCGAUGAGCAGCUUCUAGUUAUGCUUGACUUUACCAUGAGUUUAGCGGACGAAGCUAAGAAACCAUCCAAUCUUCCAGACCAGAAGUCAGCGAAACGAAUGGUAGCAAACGUAGAGAGUGUCGAGGUUCUUCUCCAUGUAGCAUUCGGUCGUGGUAUCAAAUGGUUGUCAAUAUCCAUUGACGACCCCAACUACGCACAAUCAGUGCAGCAAGGGGAGAAGAUUUGCGUGGCCGCUCUGAAGUGCUUUACAGGAUGGAUUUUCUAUGCCCAAUCCGAGUUCAAGGACGACCUAGAAAAGCUACAACACCUCCGUUCGGUAAAUGAGCUCGCUCUGACAUGUCUGGAAUAUCACGUCGAAGAUGCCAUGGAAUUGGUGGCUGAGAUUCUCGAAAAUUAUGCCACCUUCUUCGAAACAAAACAUCAGGAAAUGCUGUGGUCAGCAAUCUCGGGUCCAUGGGGUCUAGAGAUACUCAAGAACUCUGAUGCUGAGACUAUUUCCCUCGCCCGGAUCAUCGUCGCAUAUGGACAGAUUCUGCUUGACACCAAAGUCAUUUACAGCCAGCCAGGAAGUACACAUCAUCAGCAGGUCAUGUCCUUCUUGCAUGAUCUUCUCAAGUACCCCGAGCCAGUAGGCGCCGAAGACGAAGUCGCGCCGGUGGUACUCGACUUCUGGAGUAAUUAUGUCAGCGCUAUCGCCGAAGAGACCUUCUUGUAUACUGCGGGAGAGCAACCACCAGACUGGAUGGACACUGCAAAGUCUAAUGUGCUUCAGGCCAUCUCUGAGCUUGUGCAGAAGAUCAUCUAUCCACCCGCUGAUGUCACUGAAUCGUGGGACUCUGAUGCGAGAAAGACAUUUAAAGUCUUUCGAAUCGAUGUCCGAGACAUCAUCAUGGAAGCAUAUGAGCCUUUACGCGACGUUCUUACUGAUCAAUUCGUCGACUUUGCCUUACGUGGACUGAGUGCUGGCAAUUGGUUGGAGCUCGAGACUGGGCUCUUUGGUCUGAUCGCCAUCGCUGACGCUUUAACUCGAAGCUCUGACGAUCGUCUGAUCAGAUUGUUCGAGCAACCAGUUUUCUCAACCAUUUCUGAUACCCCCGGUGUUCCUGCAAUCACUCGAAGGACCGCAGUAGAGCUCGUCGCAGCUCUGAACCAUUUCUUCCUCCGUAACCCUCAGUUCCUCCCUCAAGUUCUACCCUUCCUGCUCACCGCUCUUGCUCAACCAGCUAUCGCUCACGGAGCCGCGAAGUCGUUUGCUUCACUUUGCUCCGAGUGCCGGAAGUCCUUGAUUGGAGAAUUGCCUUCUUUCUUCCAGAUGUACGAGCAAUUCCUGACCUAUCCAACGGCCGAAGAGUUCACCAAGAGUAUGGUUCUGAAAGGUAUCGCCGCUAUAGUACAAGCUCAGCCCACAGAAGAGAAGCAAUUUGAAGGUGUACGACAGCUCUUUCAGUACAUUACACGCGAUGCCAUGCAAUCACUCAACAUCACCAAAGAAGGAGGAGAUAUAGAAGUAGGUCAAGUACUUGCUUUGACCACUUUGAAGUGCCUUGCGAGCGUCGGUAAAUCAAUGCAAGCCUCAGACGAAGAAGUGGUGGACCUGGAAUCCGACAAGGAGCCUUCGGUGUUCUGGCAGCAAGGGCCGGGCAAAGAAAUCCAAAAUCAGGUCAUCAACCUCAUCAACUACAUGACCUCGAUGUUUCCUGGUAACGACGAGAUGAUCGAAGCGGCGUGUUCUGUUCUUCGCACAGGGUUCAAGGAAACUGUCUCCGGCCCCUUCGUACUACCACAUUCUGCUGCUAUCGACUUCAUCACCAAGACCACUGUGCAGACGCCGCGACUGCCAUUUGUCUUGGAGACAGCAUGCUGCUGGAUCUCGUCACACAAGCAUCAUAAACCGGAAGGCUUCCAGGUUCAGGCCCAGCGAUUGCUUCAACACGAUCUGAGAAUCAUGCAAGCACUGGAGCAUCCACGCAAUGACCCCGAAAUUGCCGUCGGCUGCAUAGAACUCGUUCAGAAUUUCAUCAACACCGAUCCAACAAUCAUGACGCAAGAGUCACCAGAGAAUCUAUCAGGCAUGUUCGGCUUCACGGUUGAGUCUAUCAAGUCGCCUGAAGUGCUACCAAAACGCGCAGCCGCCAAACUGUGGAAGGAUAUCUUCGAAUUGGCAGGCAAUACUCAUAGCCCUCAUCAGGCCACAACGCAGGAGAUCGUAGCUCACUUUGGUCCAGCGGUGACGCUUGCUCUCAUAGCUAAUAUAUGCGGUGAGGUAGAUUUCACAAGUCUAGAGCAUAUCAUCGCACCCCUACGUGCUCUAAUAAGAGCCGACAAGAACUCAAGGACGUACAUCACAAACUCUUUAGCAGAGCAACCGCUUUUGCAGCGCCUUCAGCAAGACCAAGGCGUUCAGGAUAUGGUGCGCAAGCUCAUUGAGAGCAUGACCAGAAAUGCAAGAAGCGGGGCAGCUUUCAAGGAAACUGUCAAAGCUUUUUGGCAGACUUGCAAGCAACUGCAAAUGCAGCUGCAGCCCCAAGCAAUGAAUCCAGCACAUCGGUUCGCCCAGGGCUUCCACCAGCCGAAUGCGUACUGA